UGAUCUUACGAGCAAGACUCACCUGCAGGAAUCCUUGAUUGUAGAGCCAUGAAGUAUCCACUUUUGUUAUUGGGCAGCCUGAGUUUGGCCCACGGACUGGCCCUGUACUAUCCGUAUGCGUACAGCGCCGAGGGAACCGCCGUGUUCACUCCCACCCAGCGGCAGUACAUCGCCAAGGAUCGGUUUGGCCAGUACGCCUUUGGCUACUCGGAACCGCUGUCCAGCAAGCAGGAGACCCAUACGCUGGAUGGAACCACCAGGGGAACCUAUAGCUACGUGGAUGCUGAGGGAAAACUGCAGACCGUUAACUAUUUGGCCGAUAACGAUGGUUUCCAUGUGGCAGCCACCAAUCUGCCAAAGGCAGUAGUUCCCCAGGAGUCGAUUGGCAUUGGGCCAAGGAGUGCGUCGCAACCGGUGGAACAUCCCGUGGAGCAUCCCGUUGUGGUGACACAUCCUGUAGUCUCACAUCCUGUUGGCCAGCAUCCAGUUGAAGUUCAUCACCCAACUCCAGUGGAGAGUGGCCGCAGUGCCCAGCCAGAGGUACACCAUCCAGUGGAGCACCACCAGCACUCCGUACCCGUAUCCGGAUCUUCUGUAGGACAUGUCCAAUUGACGCAUCCCGUUGCCGAUACCGUGGAAGUGGCGGCGGCCAAAUCUCUGCACCUGAAACGCGUCGAGGAUGAGGGAGUGCGCAACCAGCUAUUGGGCAAAGUUCCAAUCCCAGUGGCCCGCAGCCACCAUGUGGUGGUUCCGGCUCCUGUCUACGGGUACACCAUUCCCCGGUACUACACCUCUGGUUUCUACUACUAUACUUAUAAAGAUACACCGCUUGAGAAGAUGCAGCUCCUCAAUCUUUGCCUGAUUUUCACCACCAUUGUUUUGGCUGCCGGAUCACCGACCUUGGAGUAUGGGGCACCACCAAGUUCGGAUACAAUAAGUCAGUACCACACCCAGGAUGAGCAUGGUCAGUAUGCGUAUGGCUACAUGGCUCCACUCUACUCCAAGCACGAAACGCGUACCUUGGAUGGUGUGAUCCGUGGAACCUUCUCCUAUGUGGAUGCCCAUGGUGAAACUCAGACUGUGGACUAUGUGGCCGAUGCCGAGGGUUUCCAUGUGACCUCCAGUCUGCCAAAUCAGCAGGCCAAUCAGGAAACACCGGAGGUGGCAGCCCUCCGGGCUCAGCAUCUGGAAGCCCACAACCAGGCCAAAUUGAGGUUGGCCGGAGACUCCUCCGUCGGUCCUCAGCCCGUUCAGGAUACUCCCGAGGUGGCUGCCGCCAAAGUGUCAUUCUUCAAGCGUUUCGAAGCCGAGAAGCUGCGCAACCAAUUGCUCGCCGAGAAGAAGGUCGCGGUGAUAGCACCUCCAUCUCCCACUGCCGUUCGCUCCCAGCCAGUAUAUAUCUAUCAGCCCACCACAGGAUUCGUCUACAACUAUCACACUAAGUCCCAAGCUCAAGUUCCCUCCAGAAACUACCUGCCAGUGGCCUAAUCCUGAAAUUUCACUUCUUUGUAAAAUUCUGUUAAUUGUUGAGCAAUAAAUGAUGCAAAUUGGAAAUUAAAAAUAA